UCGAACGCUGCUUGGAAAUGUCGCGUCUGGUUAACCUAACUGCUCUGCUGGUGCUGGUGCUUAUGUGCCUGAGAGCCGGCUCUGCCAAGCCGCACGAGGAAAUGACCAAGGACCAUGCCACGGAGCUGGCCAACGAAUGCAAGGCGGAAACGGGAGCCACUGAUGAGGAUGUAGAGGAGAUGAUGAAGCACGAUGAGCCCGAGAGGCACGAGGCCAAGUGCCUGCGCGCCUGCGUGAUGAAGAAGUUCCAGAUUAUGACUGAGGACGGAAAGCUGAGCAAAGAGCACGCUAUCGAGAUGGUUAAGGCCAUAAGCAAGCACGAUGCGGAGAAGGAGGAUGCUCCCGCCGAGGUGGUGGAAAAGUGCGAGGCUCUUGAGGUCCCCGAGGAUCAUUGCGAGGCAGCCGUGACCUAUGAGGGCUGCAUCUAUGAGCAGAUGAAGGAGCACGGCCUAGAGCUUCAGGAGCACUAAGCAACAUGGACAAAAACCGACCUGCGACCCGUUACAGAACCGCUGAAAUAUAAGCCUACGUAUUUUUUUCAUAUGUAAACUAUGACUAGUUUUUAAGAAACUGAUAAACCUGAGCAACUGCAAGAGAU